GUCCUGAGAAAUCCACUUUGUGCUGGGCAAAGCGGCACUUGCUUAGCUUGGCGUAGAAGCCAUGUCUGCGCAAGCGAUCAAGGACGUCGCGGAGGUGUCUGAGGUGCUCCUCAAGGGUACGACUAUAGACCAGGAUAUCGUCGAGGUAGACGAGAACGUACUGCUGCAGGAUGUCCCUGAAGAUGUCGUUCAUCGCCCUCUGGAAGGUAGCGGGUGCGUUGGUGAGGCCGAACGGCAUCACCGUGAACUCGUAGUGGCCGAAUCGCGAUCGGAACGCGGUCUUCGGCUGGUCGGCUGCAGCGACGCGGAUCUGAUGGUAACCGCUACGAAGAUCAAUCUUCGUAAAGAAGCGGUUGCCUGCUAUGCGGUCGAACAGCUCAUUGGAACGAGGCAUGGGGUAGCUGUUCUUAACCGUGUAGCGGUUGAGGCCGCGGUAGUCGAUGCAGAGACGAAGAGUUCCAUCCGCUUUGCGAGCAAAGAGGACGGGUGCACCCCACGGGGAGUUGCUGGKUUUAAUGAAACCCAGUCUCAGGAGCUCCUCAAGCUGACGCUUGAGUUUGGUGGCCUCGGGGAUCGAGAGUCUGUAGGGUGCCAGGUGGUGAACACGAUAGUCAGGCACGAGCUGAAUGGAGUGCUCGACAUCGCGCAUCGGUGGGAUGCCGGCGUACGAGAACGACGAUGGGAAAACGUCAUGGUACUCGCGGAUGAGGUCACGAACUGCGGGCUUCAAGUCAGCCGUAUAUCGUGCGAGUUCCUCAGCGUCAGCGUCAGCGCGCGACGGCGGGGUGGACUCGACGGACGGCGGAGGGACGGAAGUAGAGAAGGGAGCCAUGGAGAUAGAGGGAGGAUCUGGCUCUAGAGGGAUGAGCUCGGCGUCGGGACAUGGUGGAUCAUAGUGUAAGAGAUCCGUCACGUCCACCAUAAAGAAGGUGACGUCGUCCUGUCGAAUGAAGUGAGGGAACUGCCGAGGCGAGGUGACAGUGAAAGAGGGAGAUGGUGUGGGCACUGAAGGCUCUAGGGGAGGAGGAUCGGGGUGUGGUGUCGCCGUGGUACCUAUGAAAGGUACGCGAUACAUCUGUCCACACUUCGUUUUGAGAACGAGAGUGUUGGUCGCCCAAUCGGCCUUGGUGCUGCGGAACCGACGAGACCACGGAGUGCCGAGAAUGAAGUCGUACCCCGUCU